AUGACAUUUUUUACAAUAAAUAAUGAAAAUAAAAAGGACUGUUAUAUUACUAAUGAAACUAAUUUAGUUUCUGAUCAAAUGUAUUAUGAUUUGAAAGAAAUAUGUAAUGAAUAUGGAGUAAAAGAUAAUAAAAAUGAAAAAGAUACAAAAAUAAAAAGUAAUGAACAUUUUAUAAAUUCUUCAAAUACAUUAGAUAUAAAAGAAAAAAAAAAAGAAGUAUCACCUUCUUUAGGUGUUUUAGACAUAGUAGAAUCAAAAGUAAAUGGAUAUUCUAAAAACAAUUUCAGUUUUUGCAAUCAAAAGGAAGACAACAUAGAAAUAAAAAAUAGCAAUGCAAAUGAAAAUGAUAAAAAUUUCAAUGAAUAUGUAAGAAACAAUUCAAACAUUAGAAAAAAUAUUCAAAGAGAAAAAAUUGAAGAUAUUAAAGAAUUUAUACCUCAUAAUAAUAAUGAAAAACUUAAAAGAAUUGAAUAUUAUAUGAAAAAUUAUAAUAAUGAUAGUUUUAAUAACGAUUUAAUUAAAAAUGAUUCAUCUAAUAGCCUAUCAAGUAAUACAAGUUAUACAUUUGACAAAAUAAAUAAUGCGAAAUUAAUAUGUGCAAAUGAUCCCCAUAGAAAAAAUAUUGGAGAAGAGGAACGUGAAAACGAAAAAGAAAAUAUAUUUCUAAAGGUAAAUGAAUAUGAAGAAAGCAAAGAUAAAGAAUAUGAACAAAAUAAAAGUGAAGAUGAUAAAAAAAAUAAAAAUAGUGAAAACGAAAGUAAAAUAAAAGAAAUUUUGGAUAAUAUAAUUGAUAAAGAUGAAAUAUAUGAAAAUGAAAAUAGAGAAAAUUUAAAGAAUAAUAAAAUAAAAGAUAACUUAUAUUUCCAUAAAUUAAUAAAUGAAGAAAGUUAUAAUAAUAAUAAUAAUCAGUGUCUUUUUAUUGCUUCUAAUGGAAAGGAAAAAAAAAAUGAACUAAAAGAAAAAGAAGAAAUUUCUUCUAUAUAUGAAAAUGGGAAUAAGAAUUUGAAUCCUGAAUUAAAAUCCGAUUUAAAUAACACUGGUAAUGAUUCUGGAUUUAAUAUAAUGAAAAAAAAUAUAAAUUAUUACAAAAAUAAAGAUGACAAUUAUGUGAAUAUAAUAAAUGAAUUUGAUGAAAUAAAUACAUAUACAGAUAAAACGUAUAACGAAUUAAAUGCAGAAAAAAGAAAUAGUAAUUUUGAAUAUUUAGAUAAUAAUAGGAAUAGAUCAGACCAAAUAGAACAAAUUUUUUCUAAAUAUAAUAUAGAAGUCUCUCAUUUAUCUAAAUAUUUUGAUUUUAAUAAUAAUGACCUAAAAGAAAAUUUAGAAACAAUGUUAGAUAAUGAAAAAAAUAAUGUCAAUGUUUUAUUUGAGAAUAAUAAAAAAAAACAGGAAAAAAAUGAAAUAAAUCGAGAAUACAAUUCUGAAUAUUCAAGUAACUUAGCCAAUUUUAAUAGAAAAAAAGGAGAAAAAAAAAGUAGUUUGACCUUUACUAAUUUAGAGGAUUUCAAUAAAAAUUCAAUAAAAAAAAAGAAUUCUGUGAUUUAUUCCAUGGAAGAGGAAUCAUUUAAUUCUGAAAUUAAUGAAAAUAAUUACAUAACAGAAGAUGUUUUAAAAGAUAUAUUAAAUAUAAAAGAAGAAAAGAUAGAUUUCGAAAUUUUUAAAAAUUGUUUUUAUGAUUUAAAUUAUGAUAUCAAUUUGUCAAAUAUUCAACUAUUAUACAACUGCAUCUUGGAACACCGUGCAAUUAAUACAACAGAAGAUGAAAUGGAAAAUGAGGAAGAAAAUAUAAAUAUAAGAAAAAGUAGUAAUAGUAAUAAACAAAACUUUAUUACUAUUAAAGAUAUAAGAUCUUAUAUUAUUCAAAGGAAUGUUAAAAAUAAUAAUUAUUACAAUGAAAUUAUUAAAAUGAUAGUUCAUUUUAAUAAUAUCUUAUUGUUAAUGUUGAACAAUAAUACAACUGAAAUAAAAGACAAAAUGUUAUUUGAAUUAUUAUCUUUAAAAUUUGCAUCUAUAUUUAAUAAUGUGUUACAAAUGCAUAACAAUUUCGACAAUUUAAUUAGGCAUUUAAAUGAAAUUAUAAAAUUGAUUUUAUCUAAUGAUUCUAAAGAACAAAAUUUAAAGAAUAUAAUAUCUAAUUAUUUAAUUGAUCAAAAAAUAUUAAUUCAUAGGAAUGCUAUAUUGUCACAAUUAAAUGGUAAAUUUUAUAAAAAAGUCAAAACAAGUUGUUCUAAAAGAGAAAAAGUGGAUAAUUUAAAAAAAGAAUAUAAAGUGAACAACGUGGAAAAAGAAGACGAAAUUGAAAAUGAAAAUGAAAUUGAAAGUGAAAAUGAAUAUAAAAACGAAAAAGAAAAAGAAAAUGAAAAAGAAAAAGAAAAUGAAAAUGAAAAUGAAAAAGAAAAAGAAAAAGAAAAAGAAAUAAAUCAUUUUAUGGAAAAUACGAAAAUAGAUAAAUCAUUGAAGUAUAAUAAUAAAAACACUAAAUUAGAGAAUAAUAAUACAAAUAUCAAAAGUAAUUUGAAUAAAUGUUAUAGUAAAAAUAGCAAAAAAAAUUCUGGUAAUAACACUGAACAACAAAAUAAAAAAUCAAUUUGUAAUUUAAAUGACAAUGAAAAUAAUACUCGUAAUUUAACAAAAGAUAUUAUAAUGAGUGAAAUAAAUAAUACAAAAGAUAUAAGUGAAAAUGAAAAUUUAAAAAAAAAUAAAACUUUUCCAAAAAAAAAAAAAAAGAGAACAAAUACAUCGUUUAUAAAAAAUUUUGUUGUAUCAAAUGAGUUAGAAAAUGAAAAAGAAAAUGAAAAAAAAAAUGAAGAACAAAUCUUGAAUAUUAAAAAAAAUAUUUCAGACACAUAUCAACUUGAGAAUGUGGUAGAAAAAAAUAUAGGAGAAAUAAAGAAACUGAAAGAAAAUAUUCGAACAGUUAAAUAUAUAAGUUCACAAGAUGAAAAUAAAGAUGAGGAAGAAAAUGAAAAAAACAAAAAAAAUAGGAAAGGUAAAAAAAUUAGUAAAAAUGAAAAAAUUGAAGACAACGAUAAUAAAACUAAAGAAAGUAUUUCAAGUAGUAUUGAAAAUAAAAAAAAAUUGGAACUUACUAAAAGCAUUAAAAAUAAAAAAACUAAAGAAGAUAAAAAGGGAAUGGAACAUAAGAAAAUUGUAAUGAAUGAUAAAAAUGAGAAAAAUAACAUAAAUAUAGAAAAUGCAAAAAAUAAGGAAUGCAAUAAAAACACAAAAAAUGAAAAUUAUAAAAAAAAAUAUACGCAAAACUUUUUAAUUAAAAAAUGUGAAAAUGAGGAUGAUAAUAAUAGAAAUAGUGUUAAUCAUAACAACAAAUUUGGUUUUAUAAAUUAUAGUAAUGAUAUUAAUAUUGAGAAUUUUAAUAAUUAUUUCAAAAAAUAUAAUUCAAUUAAUAAUGGCAUGAACAAAUACAAUCUAAAUAUUUUACAAAAAAAUAUGUACAAUAAUAAUUAUUCUUUACUUAAAGGAUCUAUUAUACCUAAUUUAAAUACAAUGAAUAAUAAUAUUUAUGGCAAUAUAAAUUAUGUAAAUAAUUACCAUAACUUUCCAAGAAAAGCUAUAGAAAAAACUUCCUUAAAUAAUAUAUCUAAUAUAAAUGAACAUAAUCAAAUAAAUAAUAAUUAUAGCAAAAAUAUAAAUUAUGAGAACAAUAAUAUCAAUCAUAUAAACGAAUUAAAGUUGAAUGACUCUUUUAAGAAUGAAGAAUUAUGCAAAAACAUAAUAAUGAAAAAUAAUAAUUACAAUUAUCUCGUAUAUCAAAAUAAAUUUCAGAAAAAUGAAAAAGAUAUUUUAGAUGAUUCUAAUUCAGAACAUAUUUUAGAUAAAUUAAAUGUUAGUAAAAGUCAUAAUUAUUUAAAUAAGGCAAAUAUACAAAAUAGUAAUAACAUUAUUUUAAAUCCUAACACAAAAUUUAAUAUGUAUGAUAAUAUUAGAAAUAUAAAUAAUAGAAAUGAAAAUAAUCAAUACCCAAUAAAUUUUUACCAUAAAAAUUGUAUAGGAAAAUUAAAAAUUGAUAUAUUAAAGCAAAAUGCAAUAAAUAACUCAAAUAAUAUUAUUGUUAAUAAUGUUAAUAAUAAUAUCAUUAAUAACAAUGAUGAAGAAAAUAUGAAUAAUAAAGAUAUGGUUAAUGAGAGACGGAAAAUUGAUUGUAUGAAAGGUAAAGGUAACAUAAAUAUGAAUGAUAUAAUUAAUAUAAAUAAUGACAAUAAUAAAAUUACGAAUGAAAAUAAAUUAAAUAAUAUAAGAAAAUGUACUCCAUUUGAAAAAAAACAUUACACUAUUAACUGUAAUAGAAUUGUAAACCCUAAUAUGCACUUUGAUUUAAAGAAAAACAGCAACGUUGUAAAUAAUAAAAACAAUCUAUUACUACCUGAAAAUACAUCUAAAAGUGAUAAUAGACUUAUUAGCUCAAAAAGUGAGAUUGAUGCGCUAAAAAUUAGCAAAGAAAAUUUAAAUAAUGAAUGUUCGAAUAUUAAAUCAUUUAAAAUUGAAAAUGCUAUAUUCAAUUUACCAAAUGAUGAAAAAAAUAAUACAGAAGUUAAGGAGGAUAAUAAAGAAAAAGACAAGAAAUCUGCAUAUAAUCGUAUUACUGAAAUGUUUUCAAGCCAAUUAAAAAACUUCAAACUACGAAAUAGCAAAUCAUUGAGAUCAACCACAACUGAAGGAAGAGUUUCACUAUUAAAUAAUAAUAGUAAUUAUAAUAAAGAAAAAAAAAAUAAUAAAAACAACAUAAAAUUUUUAUUUGAUCAAUUAAAUAUUUUUCAAAAUAAAUGCACAACUUUAAAAAGUGUUAAUGCUAAAGAUGAAAAAGCAGAAAAAGAAGAAAAAGAAGAAAAAGAAGAAAAAGAAGAAAAAGAAGAAAAAGAAGAAAAAGAAGAAAAAGAAGGUAAAAAUUGUGAUUUAAUAAUAGCUAAUAACGAUUUAAAUGAUAAUUAUAUGCAAAAUAAUAAAAUAAAUGAAAGAUACAAAACAAAUAAAGAAAAUGCAAAUCAAAUUAAUUUCGUUGAAGAAAAAAACAAAACCAUUAGUGAUAACACAAGUAAAAAUGUAAACAACAUAAGUAAUAUGAACAAAUUUUUUUAUAAUAUAGAAGACAUAAAUUUUAUGAAAGGAAUGAAUAGUAAAAAUGUUGGAAAAAGUGAAAUUAGUAAUAAUACAAAUAAUAGAAUAAACGAAAUAAAAAGAGUAAAUAACAAUAAUAAUGAUGUUAAAAAUGUUUUAAAUAAUAAGAUAGGUAAAACAAAAAAUAUAAAUAAUAUAAUAAAUAGUAAUAAUUUUAAUUAUUAUAAUGAUACUUCUAAUAACUUAAUAAAUAGUAACAAUAAUACUUUAUUUGCAUAUAAUGUAAAUAUUGAUAAUUCAAAUACAAAUUAUAAUAAAAAUUAUAGUGCAGAAAUAUUAAAUAUGAGGAAAACUAAUUCUCAUUUUACAAAUUACAAUAAGUUAAGCAUGGGUGCUUUUCCUUUUCAACCGAGAAACAACCAUCUACAUAGUCGUUCAUCAAUUACAAGAUUUAGUGAAGCAAAGAAUAUAUUAAAUUUAAAAGAAAAAGAAGAUGAACUAAGCAUGUAUAGGGCGAACAUAAAGAAAGUUCCACUUCCCAUUCAAAGAAAAGAAUUUGUUGAUGAUAUUAAAAGGAAUGAUAUGUUACUAAAUAGCAAAAAUUAUAGAAAUGACGAUAUAAACAAAUUUAUUAUUAACAAUAAUGUUGAUGAAUGUAAUUCUGUUGAAAAAAAAUUUAUCAAUUCAUUUGUAGAAUCAAAACAAGUAAAAACAGAAAAUGUAAGUAAUAACUUAAAUAAUAAUCCAUUUUUCAAAUCACCCAAUUUCAAUAAUUAUUAUAACUUUCCAUUUCAUAAUAAAAAAUUAACUACCUUACAUCAAGUAAAUCCUCAAGCAAAUAAUUUCAAUUUAUAUAAUUUAGAUGGAAAAAUGAAUCACAAUUAUAUGUUUAAAUCAUCUUCAUUGCAAAAAAAAAAUAUAAUAGAGAACAACUGUCAAAAUAACUUAAUUCACUCAAAUUAUAGGGUUAUUCCAAGUAUGAUAAAAGAAACUAGAUCUUUAUAUAAAAAGAAUGGCAAUUGUCGGUUUUCUUCUAAUAUGUUUAAUAAAUUUGAAAAUAAUGUUUCCUCUAAUAAUAUGAUGAACUUACCUCCAAUGGAUGAAAAUAACUUAUCUCUAGAAGAAAUUCUGAAAAUACCAGGAGUAAAGUUAGGUAGAAAUUAUGUACAAGAUAUAGACAUAUGUUCUGACUGGUUAAAAUUUAAUGAUUAUGAUAAAAAAGUAAUUGAAGAAUCUUUAAAAAAUAGUUUAAUAAAUAAAAAUUAUGAGAUUCCUAUUGAUUCCAUGAAAAUUAGCCAUAAAGUUUCUUCUAACAAAAUAAAUUAA